AUGGAUGACAAUCUGACAGAAUUUCCUACACGUCGUCUACGUUUACAGCCAUGUCAAUUUUGUGGACGGCAAUUUAAUUCAGAAACAUUGCCCAAACAUCAGACAAUUUGUCGAAAAGUUUCGAAUAAAAAACGUAAAACAUUUGAUGCUGGAAAACAACGUGCUACUGAUUCUGAUGUACCGUAUAAAGCAACUAAAGAAACAGCUCAGAUAUAUCAAGGUGAGAUUCGACCACAAGAUGAGAGAUCAAAAUAUGGACGAAAACCAAAUUGGAGAGAAAAACAUAAUCAAUUAAUUAAAUCGAUUCGUGAAGCUCGUCAUGUUACUCGUGCUAUGAAAGAAGGAGGACCAUUACCUGCUUUUCGACCAAGUGAAGUUCCAUCAGAUUAUGCAAAUUGUCCAUAUUGUCAUCGUAAUUUCAAUCGACAUGCAGCUGAACGGCAUAUCCCAUUUUGUCAAGCACAGCAUGAACGAAAACACGGAAAAAAUAUUCGCCCAAAUCCGCAAUAUGAUCGAGGACGAACUCUUCCACCACAACAACCUACUCAAUAUCGAGAUCCACAAUUACAUAGGACAAGUACAAAUGCAGAUUCACAUGAUAUUUAUAAUAAUGGUUAUAAACAUAGUAAUUCUGCUCCUAUGAUUACUCGACGACCUCCACCUGAUUAUCGACAAGCACCACCAUCACCACCCCCUCAACCUCCACCACGUAAAACAACAAGUGGUGAAUGGGGUGGUUUUCGAAAACUCUUUGGUUUAGGUUCAAAACAAGAUCCUCCACCCCAACCACCACAAUAUUCAUCACAUCGUUAUUCAAACCAUGAUGAUGAUGAUUAUUAUGAUCCACCAACACAUCGUUCACAACAAAAACCGGUACUUAUGCGUACAGGACGUACACAAGAAAAUACAAAUUUAAAUGUACAUGCUCGUCAGCGAAGUGAUGGUGGUGGUGUAUAUUUACGUCAUGUAAAACCAGAACAAUAUGCUCCAUCAUCUUAUAGUCAACCACGACAACAACAACAACAACAACAACAAUAUGCUUCAUCGUCCUAUAGUCAACCGCGACGACAACAACAACAACAAUAUGCUCCAUCGUCUUAUAGUCAACCACGACAACAACAACAACAACAAUAUAGCAAUAAUCAAUAUAGUUUCACAAGACCAACAGCAGUUGGACGAUCUCAACAAGUAGCUAUUCAAUGUGGUGAUUGUGGUAGUAUAUUUAAAAAUCUGUCCGCAAGAAAUUGUCCACAUUGUGGAUCAAGAUGUUAA